CUGUAGGUGACGUACUAAAUCCGCGACGCUGUUGUGUAGAGUCGUGUGUUUACGACCGUCGGGGCUCGGAGGAAAAUAAGAAUCGUUUUUUUCUGGUCGAAACUGUUAAAACCGACGCGAGAGGUGAACAUGGUGUCGGUGUUGGGCGUCGACUCCCGGGGCUUUUGUUCCCGACGCGUGUGAGAAGCCGCCGGACGAUGGACUUCUGCCGGAAGCAGCUGAAGUCGGACUGCGAGCAGCUGCUGAGCCGCUUCCAGGGAACCGACUGCGUCCGCUUCGAGGUCUUCUCCGGAAUCUGGAGGGACAUGAACUUCGCACACAUUUUCUACGGCACCACGGGGCGCGAGCGGCGGGCGUUCAGCCGCCUGGCCCUGGACUCCGCCUCCAGCUUCUUCCUGCCGCCGUUCAGCUUCCAGAUCCGAGUGGGAGGUCUGUACCUGCUGUACAGCCUGUACCAGUGUCAGACCACCUCGCCGCCAGAGCCGAUCCGUCUGGCGCUGAAGGACUGGAGCGACGUGGAGAAGUUUGAGAAAGACGCCGUGGACGCUCAGCACCUGGACGCCGUCUACAUCCUCCGACGGCUCAUGUUCCUUAAAGCGUUCCACUUCGCCGCCGUGCCCACUCUGCUCACCUACAAGAAGAAGAGAAAGGCGGAGAAGUCGACCCUGUGCGAGGAGUUCGUGGAGCGAGCGUCCGGCCCGCAGGAGUUAAUCAACAUUGAUCUGCUGGAGGAGUUGUCCAACGUUCACAGGCACUACCACAAGCUGAAGACAUCCGUCGCUGUGGCGUCGGGGAAAAGCGCAGAUCGCUCCGUCGACCUGAUCCGUGAAGAUCUGGUCCCUCAGCUGCGCGGUGCCGUCAUGGAUUUCUACCAGUGGCAGCAGAAGACGGGCGGUCCAGCGGACGAGGAGGAAGGCGGCGGCGGCGGUGGCGAGGGAACGUCGUCUCAGCAGCAGAGCUCCCAGAGGGCCUCGCUCCUCGCCUCCAUCAAGUCAAAGGCGUACGGAGAAGCCACAGAGGCGUGUAAGUCGCGUCGUCACCGCCAGGUGGAGCUGGAUGUGGGCGGCAGCAGCGGCGAGGUCGGACCCUCCGGCACGCCGGGUCAUUCCAGGGUCAACAAACUGUCACUCAAAGCCAGAACCAAUGAAAACGUCCACAUCUCAGGUGACGUGUGGAAAGAAGCCGCGUCGACCACUCACAUCAGUCGCCUCACCGGUCUGGACUCUGUUCCCGAAGGAAAACCCAAAAAGAAGAAGAAAUUCAAGUGGUGACGAAGACGACACCGGAAUUGACCUUCGUCGCGGCGGAGCAGCUGAUCAGGGGUUCUUGUAUAUAUAGAGAGAGAUAUAUCUAUAUCUAUAGAUAUAUAUGAGGGCAGUGAAUCUGUAAUAAUGCUCACACAUGCUUCAUCAGUGCUACCACCCUACUAGUAGACUGCAGACAGUUUUUUGCAUUUUAAAAUGUUUUAAUUUAUUAUUUUUUAAAGAAUCGCAGACACACCGACUGUGGCGGGUUCAGGACCAUAGGAUUUUCCAUAUUUUACUUCUACACUUGUGGAACCGACUGGGUUUGAACCGGUUCCGGGGUCGCAAUUGAUUAAUUUCUUUAAAUUCUUUUGUUUUUCCCUAGCGUGGCGGUUGUUUAACUUUUUUUAAUACGUUUCCGGGCUUCACCUCACGACGCUAUGAACUGUGGGUAAUUCCGUCAGGCAAAAGUCUGCAUCGUCGCCGACUUACGGAAAGUGAAGUGCUCAAAAAGUCUGAGUGUGGACGUUGAGAUUGGGCCCAUGGUUCUAAUCGUGCUAAUGUUUGUAAAGUGUAAAACAGUUUCACAAAGUCUAAAUACAAUCAUCCUCGUGACUUUCAUCUGAGCUGCACCUCAGUUUUACUUUUUCUUCUGGUGUUUAAAUAUUUUAAUGAAAUUUCAGUGUUUUAUACAAGAAGAAAUAAAUCUUUUUAACAGAUGUCA